UGUCUUCCUUGUUUGCUAUAAAUAUCCUGGAGGUAAGUCGAUUUCGGAAAUCUGUCACAUGUCAGUUUUUAUAUAAAAACCACCGACAAACUAACUUUCGAUUAAUCGUGUGAACCACAUCCAAGAUGACGAGCUCAACGCAUAUUGGAAAAUUGGUACGACAACCGUGCUUUGGUUUCAAGGUACUCAGAAGAGCUGUGCAUCAAGGAGCCGAAGCACAAAUACAAGUUCAAAGUGCUCCAGAAACUUCUCUGUCAUCUUGGACAGCCCAACAUGUCUCUAAUUUUUCAACAAAAUAUCUUUCUGACCGUGUUAAAUCUCGAAGUAAAAGAAUGAUACUGGACAUUCUUGGGGUCGGCCUGAUCGGAUCCACGACUGUGUUCUCCGCAGAUCUGCAGCAUUUUGUAGAAGUUACAGACAGGAUCAGCACAAGUGAACCAGCGCUGAUAUGGGGCACAAACAACAGAAGAGCUUCACCAGCGAUGGCAGCCUACAUCAACGGAUCGAACUGUCAUUCGAUGGAUUUCGACGAUACUUGGCACCCCGCUACCCACCCAAGUAGUCCUAUUUUGCCGACCUUGCUUGCCUUGGCCGACUUUCUUCCUGAAAAAUACAAACCGUCAUUGGAAGAUAUUUUAGUUGCUUUCAACUGCGGGGUUCAAAUCCAAGGCGUUUUACUAAGAUGUUCUUCACAAUCCAAAAAUAUUCCAAAUAGGCUACAUCCACCAGCCAUUGUUGGCGUUAUGGGAAGCGCUGCUGCCUCAGCCAAUCUUCUUGGAUUGGGUCCAAAGAAAUGUCUCCAUUCUCUUGCAAUCGCCGCUUCAUUCGCUGGAGCACCUAUGGCAAAUGCUGGAACGCUUACUAAACCACUCCACGCUGGAAAAUCAGCCCGGAGUGGGUUGGAGGCCGCCCUUCUAGCCGAUAAGGACUUUGAGGGAAACAAAAAUAUUCUUGACAUGGAAUCGGGAUUUGGAGCUUUCUUCCCAGACUACGACCCAGUUUCCCUUUUACAAGAAGUGCAGAUGUCUGAGAAGCUUAUUCUUCACGAUCAAGAUAUAGCCAUCAAAAGUUACCCUUGUCAUCUCGGGAUGCAUUGGGCGAUUGAUGCCUCACUUCAAGUCCGAAAGCAAAUAACAGAAUAUUAUGGAGAAUUAGAUGCAGGUUUUGUUAAAUCUGUGGAAAUCUUUGCUCCCAAAUCAAAAUACAUUAACAGACCUGUUCCCAUAACAGAACACGAAGCGAGACAUUCAUUUCAAUUCACUGCCUGCUCGGCUCUAAUUGAUGGCCAUGUUUCCUCCGCCACAUUCAAAUUUCAAAAUAUCGAACAGGAAAGAAAAAAUCUGUAUACUUUACUGCGGAAAACGACCAUUAUUAAUCCAAGUGACAAUAUGCCGUGCUUUGACACCAUGUAUGUAGACGUUUUGGUUACACUAAAAAAUGGCGAGAAAUUUAGUGCCCGGUGCAGCGAACCUUAUGGACACUGGAGAAAUCCCAUGAAAGACGUUGACGUGAACAAAAAGUUUAUGGAAAAUUCUAGUCUGCUUCCUAUGUCUCAACAGGAAAAAAUUAUAAAACUUGUUAGUCAAAUGUCGGCAAAGAAGAAGUCCAACGAACUCUCCCAUUUACUGAGCUUGUAAAAACGGUUUCUCUUGCAGAAACAAAUUAUAAUUUGGUUGUGAAAACUUUUACUGAAAAAUUUAAGAUGGUUUCACAUAUGUAAUAGAAAGAUUAUUACUACUUUUUCAGCAAUCACUAUUAAUUCUUUGAAUUUUGAUUUGUAUGAUAUUUAAAGCAAUAAAUUAAACAAAACUA